UGCAGACCACAAAGAGAAAAAAAGCUAGUGCACGCUCAUACACGCUCCCGGGGAAGACCAGCCUCACUCUAUCUGUGACCGACUCGCUCCGUCAGCCUUCUCUGAGCACAGCAUCACCUCUCCUGCGAAACAACAGCACCUCAUCCUUCUCUCCAGCCAUCCGUCUUCCCUGACUGAGAGACCCUGAUUGGAGAAGAGAAGGUGGUGAUGAUGGUGGAAGCGAGGCCCAUACAGAGACUACGAUGGCAAGAUUGGCGACUGUCUGUUUUGAUGCUUCUUUUCUGUAUGCUUGGAUUCGCAGUGGGCCGCAGAACUCCCAAAAUCCCGAAAUGUCCAGCGACCUGCUCCUGUACUAAAGACAGUGCCUUCUGCGUGGACACCAAAGCCAUUCCCAAGAGCUUCCCACCAGGAAUCAUCUCAUUGACUAUGGUGAACGUUGCCUUCACAACUAUUCCUGAGGGAGCUUUUUCCCAUAUGCACCUAUUGCAGUUUUUGCUCUUGAACUCAAAUACAUUCUCCUUCAUUUCUGAUGAUGCAUUUGCUGGCCUUGGACACCUGCAAUACUUAUUUAUUGAAAAUAAUGACAUCCAGGCACUGUCCAAACACACGUUCAGAGGACUGAAAUCCCUUACACAUCUAUCUCUUUCCAACAACAACCUUGAGGUUUUGCCCAGAGAUCUCUUCAAACACCUGGAAAUCCUCACAGACUUAGACCUGCGAGGAAACUCUUUUCGUUGUGACUGUAAGAUUAAAUGGUUAGUUGACUGGAUGGAGAAGAGCAACACAUCAGUUCCAUCAAUAUACUGUGCCAGCCCUUUUGAGUUCCAGGCCCGACGCAUUCAUGACCUCACUCCACGUGACUUCAACUGCAUCAGUGCAGAUUUUGCAGGAUAUGAGACAUUCUCCUUCCAGUCUCUAUCUGUGGAGUCAUACGAGUUCAGCGAUGACCAGUAUGUGGUUUUCGCUCAGCCCAACACGGGAAUCUGCACCGUGUUCAUUUGGGAUCACGUGAAUAUGCUUUUCAAGACACAUUACAACAUCACAUCUCGUUCUGCUGUCUACUGCAAACCUGUGGUUAUCGAUAACACUCUCUACAUGGUUGUAGCCCAGCUUUUUGGAGGAUCCCAUAUCUACAAAUGGGAGGAGGGCCCAUUACGAUUCGUCAAAAUCCAGGACAUUGACACCACCCGUGUCCGUAAACCCAACUUCAUUGAGACGUUCCAGAUUGAAGGAGACUGGUAUUUUGCUGUGGUGGAUAGCUCCAAAGCAGGUUCCACCAGCCUGUACCGCUGGAACAGUAACGGCUUUUACUCACACCAGUCUCUCCAUCCCUGGCACCGCGACACUCAUAUCGACUUUCUAGAAAUGGACGGCAAACCUCGUCUCAUACUCUCUAGCUCCUCCCAGCCCCCGGUGGUGUACCAGUGGAACCGCAGCCAACGGCAAUUUGUCUACCAGACCCAGAUCACCGAUUCCGGUGACGUGCAGAUGGUAAAGCACUUCUGGGUGCGAAAAGUGCUGUAUAUCUGCCUCACACGCUUCAUUGGAGACUCAAAGAUCCUACGGUGGGACAGCCAACGGUUUGUGGAGAUUCAAACCCUGCCGUCACGGGGGUCCAUGGCCGUGUAUACGUUCAGUGUUGGAGUGAGGCUGUACCUUUUGCUGGGGAGCGAUUAUUCCUUCUCUCGGAUCUAUCUGUGGGAUGACCUCACCCAGAGGUUUCAGCCUUUCCAGGAAUUGAACAUGCUUGCACCUCGAGGGUUUAGCCUGGUGUCGGUCGACAAUAAGGAUAUACUGCUUGCAGCCAGUUUUAAGGGAAAAACCAUGGCCUACCAGCAUUUAGUGGUGGACCUUAGUGCUAGGUAGACUGCAAAAUGUUGGGCUCAGGAAAUGUGUGCAUAAAUGCCAAGGGUGAGAAGUUUUACACAUACUGUAUGGCAAAUUCACCUACAAAUUGUCAUCACAAACAAUACUCACAGAUUCAUUAUUAACUGGAAGAGUGAAUACUGUUAUGGCUGUAUAAAAAAGCUUUAAACUGAAAUUGUUUAGCUUUGCAACUAAACAUUUACAAUAUGCACUGCAAUGGCUAUAAUUACUCCAAUAUGACCUUUUUUUAGCAGUUUCAUACAUCAAAUAAAAUACCGUUAAUAUUAGACAGAUGCCACACUUUGAUACUAUAAGAUAAAUAUCUAUAGAUACUUGCCAGAUAGUAUGUUCAUUGAUUUUCUUUCCCGAAAUGAGCUAGAUCAGGGGUUUUCAAACUACCACGUGGGACCAUAAAGAGAUUUUUGAUGAUUUGUUUGUGUUGUAUCUAUUUUAUGGCAAUAUUUUCUGUGAAGCUGAUUUUGAAUAAAAUGUAUUGUGGAUAUAGAUACAUACACAUGCACAUAUUAUAUAGUUUUCCUCACACGGGGACCAUCAUAUUUUAUUAUUCUUGGCAUUUGAAUGUUUUAAGAUAGACAAGUAAAUCUGUUUGUAUUUCUAUGUGCAGAUUAGUCUGGGAAAAAUAACUUGCUCAAUGAUACACUAGACUGUAAAACUAAUUAAUUUAAACCCUUCUGCUGUCAUCAGCAUGUAUUGCAAAAAAUGAACAUUAUGAAAAUGUUAACUAAAGCUAUCUGCAAAAUAAAGUCGAAAUAUCUCUUU